UUUUAGACAGUUGUCAGACGCCGCUGAAAAUCAUGGCGGCUCCCAGUCGGUUGCCCUUGCUGCAGUUUUGCUCUACGAGGGUGUUUUUACUGAGGUGCACACAAGGUUUCCACGGCGAACCAGUAGUGCGAGAACCUGCUUACCCCCCCGUGAUCCCCUCCCGGACAGCCAAAAGUAAAUCGGCUAAAAAGAGGAGGGAAGAAGAUUAUUACAACCAGGUACGCGCUGCCAGCUUAGUGCAAGACAAACUUAGGCUGCUUACGAGACUUCAGCGAAAAAAGUAUGUCGUGUACCCGCAGACGUUUACACUGAAUGCUGACCGUUGGUACCAACACUUCACAAAGACGGUAUUCUUGCCUGGGCUCCCUGGAAAAUGCAGUGUUGGUAGGCAGGUAGUUGAUAAAGAGAAUGGCAAGGUUCCUCCUGCAGCUGGCGGUGUGGACCCGACCGUGCUUGAUGAGAAUACCUUCAGUGAGCUGCGAUCCCUGGUGGGUAAUGGCAUUUUACAGGAGAACUUUUAUUUGAAGAAGAGGAGGCCUUUUCUGCAAAAGGAGCAGGAGCACUUUGUUGCACCCUUCCUGUCAAACCUGGUGUCCAGCGUCACCAGCUCAUUAGCCAAAUACAACCCGCUGUUAAAAAUGUCAAGUUUGGAUUUCAAUCCUGAAGUGAGCUUCUAUUGGAUGCGAGGCGAGAGAACCGUGCCUCGUGGACACCGCAGAGGUCGAGUCGACCCAAUCAGAUUUCAGAUUAAUGAUCAGCCUCACUGUCAGAUACGAGUCCCUGAACAGCUUGAAGAGUUUUUGCCUCUUCAAGAAUCAGUUUCUGCCGAAGUUCCGGUGGUACAUUUUGAGCCUAACAGACUGCCAAUGUUCCAAAGACAGUAUGAUAACAACAUUUUUAUAGGGUCCAAGGUGACAGAUCCAUGCAGCUAUGGCCACACCCAGUUUCACCUUGUUCAUGACAGAUUUAAGAGAGGCCGACUUAUAAAGGGAAAUCUUGCUGACCAGGUUGAAGUCCGUUUGCGAGCAAAUGCCAUUGCAAGCCUGUUUGCCUGGACUGGAGCCCAGGCGAUGUAUCAAGGGUUCUGGAGCCAUGAAGAUCUGACACGCCCAUUUGUAUCCCAAGCUGUUGUAACAGAUGGACAGUAUUUCUCCUUUUUCUGUUAUCAGCUGAAUACCCUUGCCCUCACGGUUCAGACUGACCAGGAUAACCCCCGGAAGAACAUAUGCUGGGGCACAGAGAGCAUGCGCUUGUAUGAGCAGGUGAAAGACGGUGAAGUGGUUGGGUUAAAUGAUGAUGUGUUGAAACUACUUGUUAAUUUCCUGUUGAAUAAGCCACAGAAGAUGUGAAGAUGGAAAAUCAUUUUUACAAUUUCCAGGUGGUGGCAAUGUUUAGUGUAAAUGUCUAAAUAAAAACUGGUUAUGAAUAAUACCUCAAG